CUUGAACUGUACAAUGACAACUUAAAAGUCUCUAUUUGUACCACCCAGCCUAUUUCCGAAGAAUCAUUUGUAAUAUUCCAAUUGGAUGGUUCAUCAUGGCUGUGGUAAAGAUUGCUGUAUUAGACGACUAUCAAAAGUUGUCUGUACCCCUCUUCGAGAAGCUACAGACCUUUGGCUUUGAGGUGACGACAUUCACUGAUACACUUCUUCCGUACAACCACCCCGACACCCCGCAAGAUGUAAAAGACGCAUUGGUCAAGCGCCUCGAGCCUUUUGGAAUUAUUUCUUCUAUGAGAGAACGGACACCAUUCCCAGCUGAACUCGUUAACCGGCUUCCGAACCUCAAGUUACUCUUAACGACGGGGUCCCGCAACGCAUCCAUCAAUGUACACGCACUUUCUGCGCGCGGAAUCCCCGUGGCUGGCACUGUUCCAGAAAAGUGGAACCCCGAUAGUACCACUCAGCAUUGUGUUGCUCUGAUCCUUGCCCUUGCGAGAAACAUUCCGCAAGACGACGCAAUAAUGAAGGCCGGAGGCUGGCAGACGGCGUCAGCCACUAACCUGGCAGGGAAAGUAUUUGGUGUUGUUGGGCUGGGUAGGUUGGGGGUGUCCGUUUCGAGGAUCAUGCACAUAGCUUUCGGCAUGAAAGUCAUAGCUUGGAGCACGAAUUUAACCCAGGAGGCGGCCGAUGAGAAGGCCAAGGCUUCCGGCCUGCCGGUUGAGGACGCGAACGGAGAUAAAACUUUCAAGGUUGUCAGCCGGGACGAGUUGUUCAGUUCUGCAGAUGUGGUUAGCGUUCAGCUGGUACUAUCAGACCGAUCUAGGGGCUUGAUCACAGCGGAUGACUUAGGAAAAUUGAAGCGCUCGGCGCUGUUCAUAAAUACUGCGCGAGGACCGAUCGUGGUUGAGGAAGACCUGCUCGAAGUAGCUAAGAAGGGAUUGAUCCGCGGUGUAGGAUUGGAUGUGUACGAAAUCGAGCCGCUGCCCACGUCGAGUGAAUGGAGGAAGAUAAAAUGGGGAGAAGAGGGUAGAACUCGGGUAGUGUUGUCGCCACAUAUGGGCUAUGUCCAGGACGAUACAAUAAUCGACAUGUACAAGAAACAGGUCGAAAAUAUACUACGGUGGCACAAAGGCGAGGCGAUGACCAUCGUAUACAGUGAUAACGGGUACUGAACAUAGCAGGCCGGGACGAGUCAAGGAUUAAAGCAUAUUGAAAGGUAUAUGAUUUAGGUACCAGGACAGGUAGACCUAAGUCACUUCUUAAGCAUGCUAAGUUUCUAUAGCGACGAAAUAUAGUGAGGGUUGACUUGGCUAAAGCUUUUUGGUACUUAGCUAGGUACUGUAUCUACCUACAUGUAUGUACAUAAGUAGGCAGACAGACGAAUAUUCAACUUUCAUGAGUCA